CUCAAAAUAUAUAAAACCCAGUUGAGAUUUUCCCCUCAAAAGCACUAUUCAGUUCUCACAACCAUGGCUUCCACGCUGAGGCUUGCGGUGGUCUUCUCCAUUCUGCUCUCUCUGUUCUCACAAUCUUCCUACGCCCAAACGACAGCCUGCGGGAACUACAAAUUCAACAACAACAAGGUCUUCACCUCCUGCACCAUCCUGCCGCAUCUCAGCUCCUUCCUCCAUUGGAGCUUUGAACAGUCAACGGGGAAGCUCCAGAUGGCCUACAGGCACACCGGCGUCUCUGCCUCCAGCUGGGUCGCGUGGGCCAUUAAUCCGGACCUCAGCAAAGCGUCGGCCGCCAUGCCCGGCGCCCAAGCUCUUGUCGCUUGGCCGCAGUCCAGUGGGACGCCGAGGGUGUACACGUCGCCGAUCCAGAGCUACUCGACCAACUUGGCGGAGGGCAACCUGACGUACGAGGUUACGAAUUUGACGGCGGAGUAUCUGAACAACGAUGAGAUGAUCAUAUUUGCAACCUGGACUCUUCCUACCAAUUCUACCACCAUACUUCAAGUCUGGCAAGUGGGUCCCGUUUCGAACGGCUCUCCCGGCAUUCACGACACCGUCGCCGCCAAUCUUAACGCCAAGGGGACUUUGGAUUUGCUUUCCGGCCAGACAGCAUCCACCGGUGGUAGCAGCUCAACCACUAGAAAGAGAAACCGUCACGGAGUGCUGAAUGCAGUGAGUUGGGGAAUCUUGAUGCCUUUUGGUGCCAUGGUAGCAAGGUACUUGAAAGUUUUCAAGUCCGCGGACCCUGCAUGGUUUUACCUUCAUGCCGCUUGCCAGACCUCGGCAUACGCCGUUGGCGUCGCAGGAUGGGCUACCGGUAUUAAACUCGGCGACGAUUCUGCCGGCAUCAAGUAUAACACGCACAGAAACCUUGGGAUCGCCCUCUUCGCUCUUGGAACACUUCAGGUGUUUGCUUUGCUUCUGAGACCCAACAAGGAUCACAAGUUCAGAUUUUACUGGAACAUAUACCACCACGCAACCGGGUACACUGUUAUCAUCCUCAGCAUCGUCAACAUCUUCAAAGGAUUCGACAUCUUGAACCCUGACGAUAAGUGGAAGAAAGCAUACAUCGGCGUGAUCAUUGCUUUAGGUGUCCAAGCUGCAUUGUUGGAAGCUUACACAUGGUAUAUUGUAUUGAAGAGGAAGAAGUCUGAAAAGGAAACGCAAGCUUCGAACGGUGUCAACGGCCAUGGUGCUUAGGGGUCAGAGGGACGAAAAGCAGAGCGCACAGAAUGGUUUCUAAGAGGUAGUUGGUGGCUCUUUCGAGUUUCUUCCUCCUCUUACGCGGCCCUUCUGAAUACUUUUGUUGUUGUUGCACCCUUUUGUAUAUUGAUGACGUGAGUGUUUGUGUACACAUAUGUACUGGGGGAGUUCAGGAUUAGAGGUUAUUCUUUGGUAAAUUAGGUCUUGGGCAGUCCCUGCCUGAACUCUGUGUUAGACAUGCUACCAGAGAGAGAUUUAAUAUAUUUGUUACUUACACACUUA